UUCUUUCCCUAUGAUAGAACAGCCCUCCGCUCUUCACUCACUCACACUCUCUUUUUCAUUCUGUCCUCUCGAAUCCUCGAUGGCGAGGAGCGUGAACCCGUCUGGGGUUAGGGAUGGGGUUCACCUCUCUAUCUCGCCUGUUCCGGCGAUCGCUCUCCGGUGGAGUUGUUUGAGGCUCUCUUGAUAGGAAUUGGUUUGGUGUAGGGGAGGAUUCUUCUCGGUUCAGAUUCUUGGGUGUUGGCGGUUUUUGUUCUUGUAUUGCUGCGUAGCCUGUCUGUGCUUGUUGUGGAGAUGGCGACACAGAAACGACAGAAUGUCGCCCUUUCGUCGGCCUCGUCAACCUCCGCUGCCGGGAGGCGGCUUGGGAUUCCGCCGGUGCAGCAGACAAAGAAACGGGCGCCUCUUACUAACCUCACUAAUCGAAGCGGGAUUCCAAGAGUUUCUGGGCGGAAGGCCAAUCAGGGGCUUGUGGGAUCAACUACUUCUACAGGAGAAAAGGGUUUGGCCGCAACACAGGCACCUGUCACUGGCAUAAGUCGGAAGUCUUUACCUGCACCCUCUGUGCAAAAGCUCACCGUUGUGAUUCCCCAAGAUGAAGCAUUGCGCCCCAAACAGAAUGUACAGUUAUCUGUUCUUGAUCAAAAUCUGGGUACAAGGAGAAUGGACACGUCCCCCAUGAGAAGUAGGUCUGAUGAAGGUUCUGUUUCGCUUGAUGAGUCGAUGUCUACUUGCGAAUCAAUGAAGAGCCCAGAUUUUGAGUACAUUGACACUGCUGAUUUGUCAUCUGUGGCUUCCUUGGAGAGGAGAACAAGCGAACAUCUUUGUAUUUCAGAUGAAACACAUGCUCAAACUGUUAAUUUAGUGCAGAGUAGCAGCCUGUCGCUUGCACCCGAUUCGAAAAGAGCAAAGGUUCUUUGUUGUGAUGAUGAUUAUAAAGAUCCUCAGUUAUGUGCUGAAUAUGCGUUUGAUAUCUAUGACCAUCUUCGCGUUGCUGAGACUAAAAAGAUGCCGGCCACUGAUUUUAUGGAGAAAAUACAAAAAGAUAUCAAUGCAAGUAUGCGCGCAAUUUUGGUUGAUUGGCUUGUUGAGGUCGCAGAGGAGUAUAGACUUGUCCCCGACACAUUAUACUUGACCGUUAACUACAUAGACAGAUAUCUGUCUGUCAAUGUGAUGAACCGGCAGAGGUUGCAGUUAUUAGGUGUUGCAAGCAUGCUCAUUGCCUCCAAGUACGAAGAGAUAUGUGCCCCACAGGUGGAGGAGUUCUGCUAUAUCACAGACAAUACAUACUUCAGAGAGGAGGUAUUGCAAAUGGAGUCGGAUGUUCUGAAGUAUUUGAAUUUCGAGCUGACUACUCCAACAACAAAAUGUUUCUUGAGGCGGUUUGUACGUGCAGCGCAAGACGGCAAUGAGGUUCCUCUUUUGCAGCUUGAGUUUCUUUCUAGUUAUCUUGCAGAGCUUUCUUUGCUCGAGUACAACUUGUUAUGUUAUAUACCUUCUCUCAUAGCUGCCUCAGCAAUUUUCUUGGCUAAGUUUAUGCUUUCACCAUCAAAGAUGCCUUGGACCCCUCAUUUGAGACAUUACACCCGUUAUCAGCCCUCCGAGCUAUGCAACUGUGUGAAAGCCUUGCAUAGCCUCCGCACUAACAGCCAGGGUAGCAGUUUACCAGCAAUCCGGGAGAAAUACAGUCAGCAUAAGUACAAGUGCGUGGCCAACAUUCACUGCCCUGCUACCAUUCCUCCCGAGUUCUUCCGUGAUUUAAGAGAUUAAGGAUUUUGGUCAUAUCAGGAGACCCUUCCAAUACUUCGUUGGAGUAUAUGAUGUGCCUGUCUGUUCAUGUUCAUAUUCCUGUCUUUGUUUUGACGGGUGACCAACUUGAUGGUGCCUUUUAUCUGAUGUCAUGCAUCCUAUAAUCUUAAUGUAAAGUUGUAGGUUGCUUGAUCUGUUGUUUGAUGUUGUGUAAUGCUUACAUAAAAUUUUGCCCUGAAAUAAUCAAGAAUUCCGGGAAGGUGUUUGCUGUCGGUUAAAUUUAGAUGUGAAGUUCCCACAAGGGUACAUUUUUAUGAUCUGUAAUGACUAAUGGGAAGCUUUUCUCGGUGUGAA